AUGUCUCCCGAUGACCAGGAUUGGGGCGAAUAUCAGCCUGAUGACGAAUCUUCCGACGAAGGAAUUGCUCAUCCGACGGAGGCCUCUUCAGCGGGAUCUGCGGAGCCUGCUCGCCAGUCGAAGUGCAAGACAGGUUCUUCCAAAUCCCAUAAUGCAGCUGCACCCCUCCCUAGGCCACAAGGCCAACCAAAACUUCGCACAGCUUCCGAUGUGCUGCAUCGUUUACGGUGGGACCCGGGUAUGAGUAGCGAUGACUUUGCCAUCGGCUACACUGAUCGUCACCUCGCUGAGCCGCAAGAGAAAGCUGUUGGGGCGUGGAAGCUGGAACAAACUCACGAGGAGUUUAUCCCUCAACACCGAAUUCUCUACUUCAGGCGGAAGAGCGAUGGGAUGCUGGUGUGGGAGAGGAGCUCUCGGACUGACAUGCGUUCCGCGGCCGUGUCUGGAUCGAGUUACGGCUUGACCUACACGUAA